AUGGCCAGUCCUCGGUCAAGGAAAGUCUUGAAGGAGGUUCGAGUACAGGAUGAGAAUAACACCUGCUUUGAGUGUGGGGCGUUCAACCCUCAAUGGGUCAGCGUGACCUAUGGUAUCUGGAUAUGUCUAGAAUGUUCCGGAAAACAUCGGGGCCUUGGAGUUCAUCUCAGCUUUGUCCGUUCGGUCACUAUGGACAAGUGGAAGGACGUGGAGCUGGAAAAGAUGAAGGUUGGUGGUAACGCCAAAUUCCGCCAGUUCCUGGAAACGCAGGAGGACUGUGACCCCUGCUGGAGCCUACAGGAGAAGUACAACAGCCGAGCAGCAGCCCUCUACCGUGACAAGGUUGCUACGUUGGCUGAAGGCCACGAGUGGUCAGAGGAGACCUCUUCAGCCCGAAAUUGGACUCCUCCGCAGCCAAAGGUGAUGGGCGGCCCAUCUCAGCGCUCUGUGGGAAGCGGCAACACCGGAGGGAGCUCUGGAGACAAGGCGUUUGAGGACUGGUUGAAUGAUGACGUCAGUUCCUAUCAGAGAAACCAGGAAAAUAGAUACGUCGGUUUCGGGAAUACCAUUGACCCUCCGAAGAAAGAAGACGAUUUCUUGAACAACGCCAUGACCUCACUGUACUCGGGCUGGAGCAGCUUCACGGUCGGGGCCAGCAAGUUUGCGUCUGCUGCCAAGGAAAGUGUAAGUGUCCCUGUGUCAGGCCUGUCUUCGCCUGCCUCUGAGCUAGGCCAGACCAUUAAUGAGAAUGUUGUCAAACCAGCCCAGGAGAAGGUGAAGGACGGACGAAUCUUAGAAGACGUCAGCAGUUCAGUAUCCAGUCUAGCCUCAAAGGUGCAGGGCGUCGGGACUAAGAGCUGGAAAGAUGUCACCAGCUUUUUCUCAGGAAAGAGUGAGGACAACACGGAAAGCCCUAUACCUGGAGAAGGCUACCAGCAAAGCACCAGCGACAGCUACCAAAAUGCCACUUCAGGAAAAUCCUUCUGGGAGACGUUCGGCAGCUCGGAGGAAAUCAAGAAGCCAACCAAGUCGCCGAGCGGGGACAGCUGGACGUUCCCGGAGAACACGGCGGAGAGGAAGAGCUCGGAUAGCUGGGAGGUGUGGGGCUCCGGGACCACCUCCAACAACAAGAACAGCAAUAGCGACAGCUGGGAGAACUGGGACAGCCACUGGGAGGCCGAGGGGAAGAAAGGGGGCAAGAGCCAGGCGCCCUCUACCGAUGAUGGCUGGGAUAGCGCCAACUGGUAG